AUGAGCCUGAAUACAGAAGGAAACAAGGAAAUAUAUAAAAAAUACGCGAAAGAUUCGAAAACUGAAUCGGAAAUAAAUUCACUGAAAAACACAGGAAAACAAGAAAAAAGUUUAAUAAGACAAUUGAGCGUAAAUCUGAAAAACCUGGCACUAAAAAGAAACACGAAACUGGGAGAAAAAACGCCAAAGGAAGGAGAUAGUUGGGAAGAUAGAGGAGAAAAGGGAGAAUACAUUAUUAGAAAGGCAGACCUGGUGGUGAAAAAGAAUGAGCUGAUACCGCCACUGCUGCAUUUCCUGAACUACAACAUGUUCGCAAUGAGGACGCCGUGGAGGUACCUGAGCAAGGAGAAGACGCUGAGAAACAACGUGGAGGAGCUGCUGCUAUUCCUGAAGCUCUUCCAGAAGCUGACGACGAAGUACUACAAGGAUAUCGACUUCUCAGGGAAGACGACGAGAGAGCACGAGUUCGAGUUCAUGGUUAACUUCUACAACUACGUGUACACGAAGAUCAACAUUCUGUUUAAGCAGAUGACGUACAACGAGAUCGUAAACACGGUGCUGGAGGACAAGGAAAAAAAAAUCGCAGAAUCGGAAAUAGACGUAAACUUCCUGAUAGGAUACAAGGACGUGGUGUGCAUAAACAACAAGUACUACGACAUCAAGGACUUCGGACUGGACACGAGCUACAUCAACUACCAGAAGUACGUGGUCUUCGACCUGUGCGACGACAAGUACAGCCUGAGCGACCUGUUCAACAAGGAGUUCAACGACCAGAUCGUGGAGCUGAGAAUGAACGAGCACUAUAUACCGUCCUUCGGGUACAUCCUGACGGUGUGCUCAGCAAUGCUAUUCUGGAUCAAGUUCGACACGCUGGACAAGUUCUGCCUACUCAACUACACGAACAUCAACUUCAACAUCCUGCUGGUAUUCUCGUGCCUGAUCCUGACGAUGGACCAGAGCGUAAGCAACAUAAGUGAGCUGCAGGACAGACUGCUUAACACGCUGAGGUGGCGAGAGUACUGCGGCCCGGCGACGGAGGAGUGCAACAGCAACGUGCCGCUGAUGUUCCCAAUCACGACCUGGCCGCCCUCGUACAAGAGGUACCUCUACUACUACUACAACGUCAUCAAGAGAGUGCGCAACAGCGACCUGUACGUGGCGGAGGCAGAAAGCCUGAUAGAGGAGCUGGAGAGCGAGGAGAUGAACUACGUGGCCAGCAAGGACAACCUGAAGGUGGCGGAAAUCAAGGCCUACAGGCUGGACAGCGUGGUGCUGGUAAACUCGCUGAUCCCGAAGCACAGAAUAGACAUCGAAAUAUAUCAGUUGAACGGGAACACGGGCACGUACGACAUAACGGACCUGACGUCAAGGUCGGUAACGACGGACGGAUACAGCUCACUGAGCGGGAGCGUGGAGCAGAUGUUAACAGUGCGCAGCGUAGAUUCGAAUGCAGGGAAGGCGACGGUGGAGCAAGUCCUGGGGAAAUCGCCGUACGGGGGUAAGACCCCGUCAGCAGACUCGAGUCUAAGUCAGGGUAUCGUCAGUCCGGUGACGAGCGGCGCCAGUCGCUUUUGUGGCACAGUUAAUCCAACAAUCAGCGGCGUUAACCUGAAGACAAGAUUGGCGACAGGCCACGCGAAUAGAGCCGCAGAAAUACACGCUAAAGCGACUGAGUUACAGGCCUCAUCACCACUGGGAGCGGACGCGGAGGUGAGUAGCGGCACGAGUUAUGCGACGUGCUCACCAGGAGACCUCGGCCCCAGUUAUGACUCGGACAACGUAGUGAGUCCGCUGAACGAGUGGGUAAAUCACAGGUGCAGGUCGUACGACAGCAUAAUGUUUAGAAACUGUAAGUGUAGCUACUACAACCAGGGCGACUCGAACGAAGAAGUGAAGCUGCUCUCAUGCCCAUACAACUACACGACGAAGACGAUGAUUAACGCAGACGUCUAUGGUAAGCAAGGUAAAAAGGGGGCGUACAGCCACGAGAGUGGAAGUAAGGGGGUGAGUGGAGGAAGCCAGUACGACGACGGCGCCGAGGAAAGAGAUGUGGUACUGACGGGAGAUGUGACGAUAGUGUUCGUGGUGGACAUAAAGAACCUGGGAAGAAAUCACGUGGCCAGCUACUCGUUCAACACGAGCUUCGUAGAUAGAACCGUAAUAGAGCUUAAAAAGGAGGAUCUGGACAUAUGGGACAAAAAAUGUCCAAUAUUGCCAAACUCAAGGAUACUGAUUAACCUGACACAAUUAAAGAAGGAAGUGUGUGAGCAGCUAGUAUCCAAAGAAUCAAUAGGAAGCGAAAUGGUAAUGGAGUCAACCACGGAAGAAGGAUGGUACAUAUUCAGUAAAGGAGGAAAUGUGAUGAACUUUGUAGUAAAUCAUAUAAAAAAGGUAAAGUUAAACGAAUUACAGCAGCUACUGAGACUGACGAAGCACAAAAUAGAGACGUGUCUGCUGGCACUGAAGCUGUGCAAGAGUUUCGCAGAAGCACUGACGCUGCUGAUCCAGCUGAAAAAACCGUUUCACCAAAACUACUUCAACCAGGACGAGGCGAACGAGUUCUACAAGGAAAAAUUCGACGAAGAUCUAGAAACCCCGAAAAAAUUUGAUAUAAUAGAAUACGAAAUAGACGAAUCAGGGGAAAGUGAAAAGGCAUCAAGAGAGUUAGAAAAGAUCGAAGAAGGUCAAAAAGGACAUGAUGAGCAGAGAUCAGUGGAUGAGGAUCCGCUGGAUAGAUUGAAGUCGAUAAGAAAUUUUAGACUCUCGGAGAGAACACCACUGUUACCAUCAGGAGACGAAGGCUCCCUGGCGAGCGACGGAGAGAUGUUGGAAGGAGAAAGCAGCUCCUCAUCAAGCAGAAGCGGAAUGGAAAUGGAUCGCGAGGAAUCGAGCUUCGUAGUAAGAGGGGACCUGGUGACAUCAGCUGAUGAGGUGCAGUUAAGAACCAGCGAGGGAAGGGGUCCGUCGGAAGGAGAAAGUAUGAUGCACCUGCUGAAGAGCAGUGACUUGAGCCCAGGGAAGGCAGAAGACGCGAUACUGGCGACUAAGGAGGAUGCUAUACUCGGGACGAAGGAAGGAGCAGUCGAGGACAAGUAUGGGUUAUUGGGACGCGAAGAAAGAACGCAGCUGGGCCCAGAGAAGGAUAGGUUGUCAGAAGAGGAGGCGGAAAAGCUGUUUAGAGGGUUCAAGGAUGAAGAGUUGGUGACGAUACUGGAGUACGCGGAUGAAAAGAAGCUUACGCAGGCGUCAGCAUCAGAAGAGGACGCAUCGAAGGAUAAGAAAUCGCAACUUAGCAGAAGUGAGCUGCUAAGUAGACUGAACGACGAGAACCUGAUUAAGCUCCUGACGUACAAGGAGGGUUACAUGGCAAUGAGAAACCUGUUGGACAAGGAGAAGCUGGAGGAGUUUGAAAAGAGGUUCGCGAAGGGAGAGGACGUGGAGAGCCUGUUCAGAGGGAAGUCGGCAGUGUACGCCAAGGUGGAAAGAGUGGAACGAGAGAAGCCAGGGCUUUUACAGCCAGUGGCAACAGCGAGCGACGGAGAAGGCCAGGGCAGGAAGGAGGACUCGAAAUCGAGCGGGUCGGCAGAAAGUAUGGCGCUGUCGUCAGAUGGCAUGUCGAUAUCGGACAAAAGUGACCUGGGAGGGCUGCCGAGUCCAAAGGAAGUGCUGCUGACCACGAGGCUGGACAUAUCGCUCUCGCCAAUAAGCAAGGCGGCGCCGGCGAAAAGCGGGCCACUGUUGGUGCCGCCGCUGAUAAUGGGGAAAGCGCCAACGGAUCCGCCAGUGAAGCAAAAGGACACAGAAAAACAGGAAAAGCCGGAGGCGAAGCAGCCCACGGCUAAGCAGGCGCCGAAGGGAAAGAUGCCGCCGAAACUGGGAAAGAAGGUACCGCCGAUACCGAAGGGGCCAAUCAAGAGCGUCAAGAGAGCACUGCCGCUGGGAGUGAAGCUGCACUGGAAGCCGCUGCUGCCGAAUAAGCUGAACAACACGAUAUUCGCGUCAUUCAACGACAACCUGCUGAGGUCGAACACGACGCAGAGUGACCUGAUCGACGUGACGAACAUAAAGAAGCUGUUCAGCAGGUCCUCGCACGCGACGAACUCGAUAUCGACGAUGAACAGCAGGUCGAUGGUGGAGGUGCAGGAGGCUCAGAGCGCGAGCAAGAGGAAGAAGACGAGCACGCUUAUCGAGGUCCUGGACAACAAGAGGGCGCAGAACGUCCUGAUCAUACUGAGGUUCAACAGCAUGGACGAGUACAUACGGCUGCUGGACGACGUGAACAGCCUUGCGAUACUGACCCCGGUGCUGACGUACUUCAGCGCAGUGGCCUGCGAGGGAGGCGCGGGAAGCCUCAGCUCGCGCACGAGCUCGAUCGGAAGCAUCAUCAUCAACGCGCCCGUGAACGAGAAGGAGAUCGACGAAAUCAAGGACAACGUGAACAAGCUGCACCUGUCGUACCCGAGCGAGCACGAAAUCGAGCUGUUGGUGAGCAGCUACAACGCAAUAGACCUUCGACAGUUCAGAGACAUCGAAAGGAUGCUUAUCGAAAUGCUGCUGAGGGACAGAAUGUGGGUGAAGAUAAACCUGGUGAAGUACUACAUAGACAUGGAGCACCAGCUGCUGGUGAUCGCCCAGCAGCUUAAGCUGUACAACGACGCAAUAUCGGAGGUGAAGAACAGCAGGCUGCUCCCGCUGAUACUGAACAUAAUACUGCAGUACGGAAACUUCGUGAACUACGGGAACAUAAACGAGGGAGAAAAGGGAUUCACGCUCUCGUCGACAAUAAAGCUGAUCGACUUCAAGUCAUCGGACAACACGCUGUCCUCUCUGCACUACCUCAUCAUAAACCUCUACAUUAAGCUGCUGACGAGCGCGACUUCGGCGGAGCCGUCGAGUGCAGAGAACACGCCGUCGGCCGGUGCUUUAGAAACCGCCACGACCAAACAGGUCGGCGCCCCGCUGCCUGACCCAGAUGACGCCCUGGGAGGGAACCUGCUGAACAUUGACAAGAAGCUGAUGAACGUGCUCAAGGCCCAAAAGAUAUCCUCGAGAGGGAUAAACGAGACCCUGCAGGAGCUGUCGAACCAGCUGCUGGAAAUCAUAACGCUGUUCGACAGGUCAAGCGCAGGCACGAGAGCCAGUUUCAACAACGACAUGAGCAGCCUGUCAGCGGGCGCCUCCAACAGCCUGAACAACACAGAUCGCAGCAGCAGCUCACUCUCGUCGAGCGGCAGCGGCGCCGACGACAAGAUGAACGCGCUGAUAGGCAUGUGUAAGAAAAGGCUGAACGAGACGAACGAGCACAAGGACCGGAUAUUCGCGGAGCUGAAGGACGUCUGGUACUACCUGGGAGAAGACUUCGGAGCGAGCGGCCCGGACAAGACUGAGCUUGGCGCGGAGAACGAGCUGGAGAAGAUUUUCAAGAUUCUGGGCGAGCUGAUAAUGUGCAUCAAGAAGGUCUUCAGCGACGUGAAGGUGAAGCCCGCGAAGUACCUCAUAGUGCUCAGCAAGCCUGAGGACCAGGAGCUCUUUCUGAAGUCGUUCAUGGACGCGAGGUCGCGGACCAACUACUACAAGAGUUUGAAGAGGUGA